AUGCUUCCAAAAUUCUGUGAGAAUUGCUUUUUGUGGGGCCUUCUCAGUGCCUUGCGAGCAGUGCCCCCGUCCGGAUCCGGAUCCGUUCCUAGUGUUUGUGGCCUCAUUUUAUCCAGCCGAGCCAAUGAAGAUGGUUUAAUUGUGAAAAUUGGAGCCAUCUUUUUUGAUACGGAAAUGAAGUUGGCCGAGGCCUUUGAUGCAGCACUUCAAGAGGUGAAUGCCGUGAAUCCAGCCCUGAGACUGGAGCCCAUCAAACACUAUUUGACCGUUGACGACAGCAUUGUGCUGCAAGAUCUUUGUGACUGCGACUUGAUUGGAAAUGGUGUGGCUGCUAUUUUCGGACCAAGUUCAAAGACAAACAGCGAUAUUGUCGAGGUACUGUGCAACAUGACGGGUAUACCCCUGCAGUUCGACUGGCAUCCUCAGCAAUCGGCCAGGGUGAGACUCAAUCAUCAGCUGACUGUUAACGUGGCCCCCAUGGAAUUGGUCCUUUCGAAUGCCUGUCCGAUAUUUGGGAGCAAGAGCUUCGAUUGGAAGUCCUUUACCAUUGCCUAUGAGAAAAGUGCACAUUUUAGUCGUCUGCAGCAUAUAUUAGCCUGGAAGCAGCUACAUAAAACUGGAAUCAAAAUGCAGGAAUUCGAGCGAGGAGGUGACUACAGGAUUCUCUGGAAGCGAAUUAGCAAUACUCGUGAGAAAUUUGUUCUCCUUGAUUGUCCAACCGAUAUUUUGGUGGAUGUGAUCAAUGCCUCAAUUGCAUUUAAUAUGACUGGAUCAUUCAAUAACCUCUUUCUUACCAACCUGGAUACACAUGUCAGUGGCAUCGAUCGUUUCUAUUCGCGAGAGUUUACUGUGUCUGUGGCAGCUAUUAGGAUACGAGCCUAUAUUCCGCCACCAAUUCACGAUGAUGAUGUUUUUGACAAUGAAGUGGACACUAGGUUUGAUUCCCUGGCAACUCAGCUUGUUUACGACUCGGUUGUCCUGUUUUACAAUGCCCUGCUUGAGAUAAGUCAGCGUCCAGGAUUCUAUACUCCUCAAUUCAGCUGCGCGGGGUUUUGGCAGCCAGGACCUCGUCUGAUAGAACAGAUGAAAAUGGUGUCUCCCAAGCAGGUGAAACCCCCCUUUAAGACCCAGAGACUUCAGAUAAAUGCUGAGGGACAGCGUGAUGACUUCAACCUGGUAUAUAAUCCUCUUAUUGAUCGUGUGACCCAUAUUUGGAACAAGGAAUUUCAACUUGUGGACUUUGAAAAAAUAAGGGAGAAUUCAACUCAGGCGGUGAAACAAAGGCGUCUCGAGAACAAAGAGGAUUUCUCCCAAAAACCCGUACGCUAUACAGUGGCCACUCGUGUGGGUAAACCCUACUUUAGUUGGCGAGAGGAACCGGAAGGAGUUCACUUCGAGGGCAAUGAGCGUUUCGAGGGCUAUGCCGUUGAUUUAAUUUACAAAUUAGCCGAGAUAUGUAAAUUUGAUUUUAACUUUGAACCAGUUAGGGAUAACAAAUAUGGAAGUUACGAUGCGGCCACUGAUGAAUGGGAUGGCAUUAUUCGUCAGUUGAUAGAUAAUAAUGCACAAAUUGGCAUUUGUGACUUGACCAUAACCCAGGCACGUCGAUCUGUGGUGGACUUUACUGUUCCAUUUAUGCAACUUGGUAUAAGUAUUCUGUCUUAUAAGGAGCCACCGCCAAAGGCAGAUAUCUAUGCUUUCCUGAAUCCAUAUGGUGUUGAAGUCUGGCUGUAUGUAAUGAUUGCCAUGAUGAUAACAGCGUGGGCAUUGAUUCUCGCCGGUCGCAUGGAUCAAUAUGAAUGGGAGCAUCCGGUGGUGAAUGAAAAUCACGAAAUGGUUCGGGAAAAUACCUGGCAUCUGCAUAACACUAUGUGGUUGGUGUUGGGAUCGAUUCUUAAUCAGGGAUGCGAUCUUUUGCCAAGGGGUCUUCCCAUGCGUUUACUGACUGCCUUUUGGUGGAUCUUUGCCCUGCUUAUCUCAACAUACAUAGCCAAAUUGGCGGCUUUUAUUACCUCUUCGAAAAGCGGAGAUAUAGGCUCUCUUCAUGAUCUCGUUGACCAGAACAAGGUGCAGUUUGGCACAAUCCGCGGAGGAGCCACCUCAGUGUACUUCUCGGAGUCCAAUGAUACGGAGAACAGGAUGGCCUGGAACAAAAUGUUAUCCUUUAAGCCGGAUGCAUUUACCAAGAACAAUGAGGAGGGUGUGGAUCGGGUGAAGUUAAGCAGAGACUAUGCCUUCCUAAUGGAAACCACUAAUCUGCAGUACUAUGUGCAACGCAAUUGUGAGCUCACCCAGAUUGGAGAAAGCUUUGGAAAGCAUUAUGGCAUAGCUGUGCCGCUGAAUGCCAACUUUCGUUCCAAUCUCAGUGUGGGCAUCCUGAAGUUGAGUGAAACUGGAGUUCUGUACAAUUUGCGCAACAAAUGGUUUAAUAGCAAUGAGAGCACCUGUGACUCGGAUGCCUCCGUCGUCGAUGAUGGCCAGUUCGAUAUGGAUUCGGUGGGCGGACUGUUCGUGGUACUCAUUGUGGGCGUGAUUAUUGCAUUUGUGAUUGGCGUGGCCGAGUUCCUCUGGCAUGUCCAUCGCAUAGCAGUUAAGGAGAAGGUUGCUCAGGGCUACCAUCAACAGCGUGCCAUUUAGUAAUCGACGAAAUUGAUUUCAGAUACCAUCCUGUUGGCCCUGAAGGCAGAGUUUCACUUUCUCAUCCGCUUUUGGCUGACCAGGAAGCCCCUGCAUACCUAUCGCCAGAGCAGGGACUCGACCUCGACGGGAUACUCUUCCCUGGAGCAGAUAUCGAGUGCAUCCAGUGCCAAGAAGAGGAAAAAGACACAUAGGAGAAAGGACUAG